AUGAGCUCGGGAACCGAGUCUCGAACACCCCGGACACCUUUUAGCAUCGCAGACAUCUUAGGCCCGCGCAUGGUCCCCCGGACAACACUGACGCCGCAGCUCCCAGAGUCGGGUCCUGGUCCCACAUCUCCGCUGUGUGCGCUGGAGGAGCUGACUAGUAAAACUUUCCGCGGACUCGACGGGCGCGCCCCGCAGCCCUCUGAAGGCCGCCCCGCCCCAGGCGCGCUGGGCCCAGGCACAGUGGGCCGCAGGCGACGCAAGUCACGCACGGCGUUCACUGCGCAGCAGGUGCUGGAGCUGGAGCGGCGCUUUGUCUUCCAGAAGUACCUGGCGCCGUCUGAGCGCGACCGGCUAGCUGCGAGACUGGGCCUGGCCAACGCGCAGGUCGUCACGUGGUUCCAGAACCGGCGUGCCAAGCUCAAGCGCGACGUGGAGGAGAUGCGCGCCGACGUGGCCUCUUUGAGCGCGUUGUCCCCGGGAAUGCUGCGCCGCCUCGCGCUGCCGGACGGUGCCACAGGCCCCGGCCUAGUUCCUCCUGAUUCCGGACAUCUGUCAGAAGAGGAGAUACAGGUGGACGAUUGA